ACUGAUGCAGGUUGAUGGCACACACCUAUACAGAAAAUAUAAAGGUCCACUUCUAAUUACCGUUGCACAAGAUGGAAACCAAAACAUUGUGCCCAUUGCAUUUGCGAUAGUCGAGGGUGAAACGGUAGACAUGUGAGAGGUUUUUCUGACCAAUUUGCAGAGAUAUGUUGUUACUAUUGAUGGCGUGGGCAUUAUUUCUAACCGCCAUACCUCCAUCGACGCAGCAAUAGAUCGCAUUAAUGGUGCGUGGUCACCACCAAAAGCGUGGCACAUGUUCUGCAUUAGGCACAUCGGGUCCAACUUCUUAAGGAGGUUCAAGGCUCCGUAUUUGCAUAAACUCGUGGUUAACAUAGGCUAUUCUAGGACAGAACAGGAGUACAACAAAAACUAUCAACGGCUUAAAGAGUGGGACGAGGCAUAUAUUCAAUGGUGCGAUGAGAUCGGUGUUCAGAGAUGGGUGUUGGCAUUCGACAGGGGUCAUCGUUGGGGACAUAUGACGACAAACUUGGUAAAGUGCAUAAAUUCUGUCCUGAAGGGUGCACGUAACCUGCCUGUGACUGUCAUUAUUAGGUCUACUUUCUAUCGGCUAAUGAAUUGUUUACUUGGAUGAGCGCCGAGACUCAUGAUCAUUAAAAAGAAUACCGUCGCGCAAGUAGAACCCCAACAUUGACGAGCUGAUCGCAGGGAAUAGGCGCCAGGAACGGCAUACGCUCCCAAACACAGACAAAUAGUAGUAUGAGUGGCUUAUACAUCUCUUUACAGUUGAA